UGCUACUCUGUGUUUACUGACAUCGCCCAGAGCUCAGUGCAGCUGUGAGGAGAGAGGAAGAGAAAAAGAAGGGAGGGAGGAGGGGGCGUGAGCAUCACAGCUAGCAAGCAAGAGAAAAGGAGGGGAAUCCAUGUGAGGGAGGGGUUUCAUCAAGGGUGAGAGAGCUUAAAAGAGAUGGUGAGAAAAAGCAAGAGAGAGAGGGGAGGACUGUGUGUGUGUACGUGUGAGAGAGAGAGGGGGGAAGAUGCUGUUGCCAGGGAACAGCGGUGAAGUAGAAACGUCCAUCUUUUCCAGCUCGUCAGAGGAUAACAACACAUUGAAUCAUGGAUGCAAAAUGGACUGAACGUGAGGAGAAAGAAAACAGCUGUUUGUGACUCCGAGCAGCCUCCAGGGAAUCAAAGAGAAGGGGGACACGGUUUCUCUCUCAGCCUCCAUUAGCAGCAUCAGGAAACAGCCAGAGUUGUCCAGAAGCCCAGGUCCUGAGCACACAACCGUCCCACCUGCAGAUGUAAACAGUGAUGAUCCUCGCUCUGAUCAGGCAGCUCUGAAAAGGAGGAACAGGAACAGAAAAGGGAGCGUCUGAAAGCAAAACAGGGAAGCUUUCAAAACGGCGAAGAGGAAAUCUUCCUAAUUACAGUAUUGAGCUGAAGCCUGUCCUCCCUGGCAGAGGAUGGGUACAGCAGAGGCCACUUUACGCAUGGACAGCAUGGAGGUAAAGGACGAGUGGCAGGAUGAAGACUUCCCCAGGCCACUACCAGAAGAUGGAGAUGUUGAUUCUUCAUGUGGCCUCACUGACAACAGGAACAAUCCCCCUACCUCUCUGAAUGUGGGAGAGUCAGUAGCCCAGCGUAAACGUCGCACCUUGGUGGCCCCCGACAUGAACUUGUCCCUGGAUCAGAGCGAGGGGUCGGUUCUCUCUGAUGACUUUCUGGAAACGCCCGAUGACCUGGACAUCAACGUAGACGACAUUGAGACCCCAGAUGAGACCGACUCACUGGAGUUCAUUAACAAUGGCAACGAGCUGGAGUGGGAAGAUGACACUCCGGUGGCCACCGCCAAACGUCUUCCAGGUGAAAGUGAGGAAGAGCGAGACGCAUCAGGUCGUCUGUGGCGAACAGUGAUCAUCGGUGACCAGGAGCAACGGAUUGACAUGCAGGUCAUCAGGCCGUACCUGAGGGUGGUCACACAUGGAGGUUAUUAUGGCGAGGGUUUGAACGCCAUCAUCGUGUUUGCAGCCUGCUAUCUUCCUGACAGCAGCUGUGAGGACUACACGUACAUCAUGGAGAACCUCUUCCUGUACGUUGUGAGCAGCCUAGAACUUCUGGUGGCAGAGGAUUACAUGAUUGUUUACCUGAACGGUGCAACUCCUCGCAGGAAGAUGCCCGGCAUCAGCUGGCUGAAAAGAUGCUACCAGAUGAUUGACAGGAAACUGAGGAAGAACCUGAAGUGUCUCAUCAUCGCUCACCCAACGUGGUUCAUCCGGACCGUUAUAGCCAUUUCAAGGCCUUUCAUCAGUGUAAAGUUCAUGGAUAAAAUCCGUUACGUUCACACCCUGGGGGAACUUGGCCAGAUCAUCCCCAUGGAGCAUGUGCAGAUCCCUGAGUGUGUGCUGCAGUAUGAUGACGAGAAGCUCAGAGCACAAAGGGAAAGACUUGAGCAAGACCAGCAGCAGAACAGCUCAACUGUGCCUAAAGAAAGGCCAAAGUCAAUGAUCGCAGAGGUUGGCUGUGACAUCUGACAUUAAGAGUUUUACAUGGAAGAACCAAUGGGCAACAUUCAUUCAUUACAACGGGAGCCAUCACCACUCGCUUGUUGCACAGAAUUAAAUCUCCUGACUGGAUCCAUUAGCUGCAAGACAAUCAUUUAAAAAAAAACAUUGUUUUCAGCUGCCUGCUUCUAACUAAAAGUUCAUUUACACCAAAGCAUUACAGGUUAUAGUUAAAUCAAACGUUUCUGCUCCCUGCAUGUCAAGUAGAGCUUUGCCUACAGCAUGACCAACUAUAUAAAUGAAAAUUUAUGGACUUGGAUGAACUUUACAUCUUCCUGACAGAGCUGGGAACGUCAUGUAAAUACUAUAUAUAUUUUUGAGAAAGGCAUUUGCACAGAUAUUUGGGUUUUGAUAUGAAUGGCAUGGGUAUGGUUUAGUUUAAGGCCGUUUACUGAAAAAUAAUGUGCAAUGAUAUUGUUCUUAGACCUACAGUAGAUGUUACUGAUGCAAACGUGUGUUACAGUUUUCAAGUUUUCCAGAGUUUGAUAAUCAGGUGGCAUGCUUGUUUAUAUCUUUCCUGUUUCUGUUACAUGUUUUUGUCAGUUUUUAAGUAAUUUGCCAUCAUGUUUUAAAAAGGUACUUUUACAAAACGGGAAGCAUACAUUGUUACAAAUGAAAUGAAAUAUAUUUAAAGAGAGAGUCAAAUUAAUUGCUAUAAGUGUUAUUUAUGAAAAUGUGCCAUUUGCUGUUUGUAAAAAA